UUGUUUGCUUUGCGUUUUUUUUUUCAGAAACCACUCGAAGUGUCUCUUAGAGAUAAAUAUUUAAUAACAUAUUUAUUUGGAAAUGUCUAUGCAGUAAAACGAGCAGUAACAAAUUACUGUUAAACUGCAAAUCACCCCAAAGUGGAAAACCUCCAUUGUCAUAUAUUCAAGUAUCUAUAAUUCCAUUCUAAAAGUGAAUAGUAAAGCAAUAUUUUUAUGAAGAAUCGCAAACCAUAUUUCGAAAGAAGCUUUCCGUGUGAGUGUAAGUGCAGACAGAAAAACGAAGUGUAUAAAAAAAGCUAAAAAAUAAAAAAGUUCGGGAAGUUUGAAAAAUAUAACCUUAACACAGACAGAAGCGAGGAAAAUAAAAAGAAAGAUUUCAAACAAAUAUUAAAAAAACAAAAAACUACCAAGAAUAAGUUUUCCCCCUAGAGUUUUCUAUAUUUCUAACUUUCGGACAGUGUCUCACUCUCGCAAUAUAUAUUGCCUCUGUCUGUCUCUCUCUCUCUCUCUCUCUCUCUCUAUAUAUAUAUAUAUAUGUUCUAUCGGAAGUAAUCUCUGAUACAAAUAAAUGGCUAGUACUGUUUUGCUGGCUCCGAUAGAUAAUAUUAAAAAAUUUCUAAAAAACCGCCUGGAAUUUUAAAAGUUUAAUUACAAAUUUGACACAAACUUACAACAAAUGCAAAUAAAUCAAACUGCAAGCCGAACAAACAUGGCUGACUUUACAAACGAAACUUAUGUAGAGGAAUCUUCACUUGAUUUCCUCUUUAUUUUUAGGUCUAUAGCAAUGGUUGCUAUAAUGGUGUGCGCUGUUUUCGGGAACUUUCUGGUCAUAAUUAGCGUGUAUAAAUUCUAUCGUCUACGAGUGUUAACGAACUAUUUCAUUGUGUCAUUGGCGUUUGCAGACUUAUUAGUCGCUUUAAUGGUCAUGCCGUUUAGUGCUAGUAUCGAAAUCAUGAACGGCCAAUGGUUUUUCGGCCGUACUAUGUGUGAUAUAUUUAAUGCGAACGACGUUCUUUUCAGUACGGCUUCCAUUUUGCAUCUUUGUUGCAUCAGUAUGGAUCGUUACAUAGCUAUAAUGUAUCCGUUAAAAUAUGAUUGUCAUAUGACAAGGGUACGAGUAUUAGUGAUGCUCGUUAUAACAUGGGUGUCUUCAGUGUGUAUAUCUUACAUUCCAGUUCAUUCUCAGCUCUACACCACCAAAGAAAAUGUUUUGGAGCUGUACAAUGCAACGAACACGUGUCCGUUCGUAGUCAACACUCAAUAUGCAGUUAUGUCGUCUUUCGUUUCGUUUUGGAUACCUGGUGCGAUAAUGGUUUGUUUGUAUGUAAAAAUAUAUUUGGAAGCUCGCAGACAAGAGCACGCUAUUCAAUCGACAGUGAUGCUUCACACGAACUAUCAUAGUGGCCUAUUGGCCAACGGAAGUCGAUAUACGGAUACGUCAGAACAAAGAAAUGAACGAAAGCGAAUAAAGCGUGAACAUAAAGCAGCUAAAACGCUGGGGAUCAUAAUGGGCGCAUUUCUUGCUUGUUUUAUGCCGUUCUUCUCCUGGUAUGUAAUCACAAACAUCUGCCAAGAGGCUUGCCCUUAUCCCCCCGUAUUGAGUUCGACACUAUUCUGGAUCGGUUACUUUAAUUCCUGUCUAAACCCUAUAAUCUAUGCUUACUUCAAUAGAGACUUUAGAAAUGCUUUCAUCAAACUGCUCAAACUUGAAAAAUGCCGUUGUUUCCGGCAAGAUUCCGACGUCGUUCAUUUAAACUAUGCUACGAAUAUCUCAGACCACAAAGACAUGACAAGCGUUCAUCUAAGUGUAGACACCCGGAGGCAACCAGUAUAACUCCUUCUAAAAACUUAGAUGAAAUAUAACAAUGACUUUAAAAAAAAAAAAAAAAUAAAAUAAACCCACAGAAAAACAUUUUUUUUUUAAUCAAAAGAGGUAAAAUGUGUGCUAAACAUUAAGUGUGGUUUCGUGAAAUAUUUUUUUUUGUCUAUUCAUUUUGUCCUGUUUUUAUUUUCUUGUUUUUCUUUCAGUUAAACAAUGUCAGGAGUUUUUGGGUGAAAAGUAACAAAAUUCCCACCGACACAUUAUCUAAAGAUGGCAGUAUUGAAUUCUGAAUUCUGUUCUUCUUUGCAACGAUUUCCUUGAACUAUGGAAGUAAUACACAUAGACAACAACAACAACAACAACAAUAAUAAUAAUAAUAAUAAUAAUAAUAACAAUAACAAUAAUAAUAAUAAUAAUGACAAUGAUAAUGAUAAUGACAACAGCAACACCAACGAUUAUAAAAUGAACGCCAUUACAAAUACAUCCACUCUAAGAUUUCCCUUAUCCUCAAAGCUCAUUAAAAAAUUUGUGAGUAUUUGUGCAAAGCGGUGGUAUGAUCAAUACGCAUCAUAUAACGACUAUAAUGAAAAUGAUAUUUAAAAAAAGACAGUUCAAAAAAGAAGUGAAAGAAGAAAAUAAAUGAAAAUUAUAGCAACAAUA